AUGGUGGACAAUGAUGUUGAAAGUGAGGAGACCAGAGCUAUUGCUAUGGUAGUGAAAGAUAUUGUGAGUGCUUGUAAGAUAGAAACAAUUAAAGCUAUUCUUGAGGAAUUAAAUGGUGACUACUUUUCUUUACUAGUUGAUGAGUCUUUUGAUGUGUCACGCAAGGAGCAAAUGGCUAUUGUCUUACGAUAUAUUGAUAGAAAUGGAUUUGUGAUGGAUCGGAUUCUUGACAUUUUUCAUGUUCAAGAUACUAGUGCUUUAUCUCUAAAGAGGGCAAUUGCUAAUUUACUUGCUCAACAUUCCUUAAGUCUAUCAUAUGUGCGUGGACAAUGUUAUGAUGGGGCAAGCAAUAUGCAAGUGGGAAAACUUGUAGUAUUAGUUUCAAAUAUUUUGAAUGUAUUGGGAUCUUCUUUUAAGUGUAUGGAUGAAUUUCGAGAUUCUCAAAAAGAAAGAAUUCAAGAGGCAUUAGGUUUGGGUGAGCUUACAACCGGUAAGGGCUUGAAUCAAGAACUCGGUCUUUCAAGAGCUUGUGAUACGCAUUGGGGAUCUCAUUUUAAAUCUUUCAACAAUUUUAUUCUUAUGUUUGGCUCUAUUCUUAAUGUUCUUGAAUCACUUGUUCUUGAUGCACGAUUAUUGGAUGAAAGAGCCAAGGCAAUGGGAUAUCUUGAAGCUUGUCGAACAUAUGAGGUUGCGUUCAUAUUGCAUUUGAUGAGUGAUGUUUUAGCAAUCACAAAUGAGCUUAAUAAAUGCUUACAAAAAAGGAGCAAGAUUUGGCAAAUGCCAUGCUACUUGUUGAAGUAG